CAUGUCAAAAUCUUAAAUACGUCAGAAAUCUUUAGUUCGUGUCUGGUUUCCGUCGCAAAAUUUUGAAGAUGAGGGUCCACAGAGGAAGAUCAUUAAGUCGUCGAUGCACCACGAAAUCCAAGUCGGGCGACGACGAUCUCCAAAAAUCACCGAUGUCACUGCGUGGACGUAAACCGGACAACGAAAGAAAAUCGUCUUUGCCCAAGCUUACGGUGAAGAACAACCAAACGAUGCAAGCCCGUCCGAAACACGCCAGAAAACACAAAAGCACCAACCCACAGCAGCAGACCUGUUUUUCUAUGUUGACCAGGAGCGAGGCUCAGUUGCUUGAUCUGUUGAAUUCCCAGCCCUCCACUUCUUCGACCUUAACUCCUUACGAAAUGGCACUUAAGCAACUUGAAAAAUUAAAGUUAGGCGGUAAGGAAUCAAAGGAAACAGGUGAUAAACAUGAACUACCGAAUAUGAGUCUUGACAGAUUGCCCGGGGGCAGCAGGGUAUUUGCAACCCCAGUCAGAAAACGGAAAUAACUCGUUCCCAUCCAUUUAAAUCGUAUCAUUAUAUUUAUAAUUAUCAUUGUCAUUUUUUGAUAUAGCUACAUAGACAUGUAGACAAAUUAUCUCAUAUUAAUUUUAGUGUAUAUUAAUGUAAAUUUUUGUGUACUGGGGGAUUGAAUAAAUUCAUAAAACUUA